GCCCCUUUCCCGCCGAGCCACGCUCUCGGCCGGCCCCUGACUGGCUAGGCCGCGCCUGUGGGUGGCUAGGAUGGCGGUGGCGGUGCGAGCUCUGCAGGAGCAGCUCGAGAAGGCCAAGGAGAGCCUCAAGCACGUCGACGAGAACAUCCGCAAGCUCACGGGGCGGGACCCCAACGAUGUGCGGUGAGGCGGGAGGAAGAGCGGGGCGGCCGGCGGGGGGGUUUCGGCUCAGAGGGGGCCGCCGCGCUCGCCCCCUGAGAGACUUCUCUGCGGUUGCCCCUUCGUGCCCGCGCCCUUUCCCUUCCCUCUCCCUGGGACUUCAGGGGCCCGAGAGGUGCAGCCGUUAGCCCCGUCCCUCUUCUAAAGGGUUCUGGGAAGGGACGGAGCGGGAGCGCAGAGGGAGGCCUACGAGCAGAAGCCGUUAGUGGCGUCCACGUGAGUUGCCAGGCGCGACUGCGCCCUGCGAACGCGGCUUCCCCGCUUGGCUUCAAUGGGGCUCGCUAGUUCCCAGUAAGGGCGCUUAGGGACGCAGCCUGCACCGGCGGCCUAAAUUAACCCAGGUUAAGGGUGCGCUCAUGCCCCAGCCUAAAUCUGUAAAAGUUUCCGUAGCACAAAAGGUAGGCAGAACCCACUGCCGUCCCCCUGCAUUUUCUGCUACUUCCUUCCACGUGGGAAGCCAAGGUAUUUUAAUGAAAUAGGCCAUCAGGAUCCUGCACACGGUAGAAGCAGUCACUUCCCGUCCCCAAUCACUAAUAAAGCUGACUAAUAAAGUGGGGAGUGGGGGAUACAUUUGCAGCAGGUCUCCAGUGGUGUUCCUUUGAGGGAUGUUUUCUGUACCACUUUGCACCUUCCUGAUGAUUAUGCCCUUGGCUUUUCCCCCCAGGCCCGCUCAAGGGAGAUUAUUGACCAUCACAGGCCCUGGUGGAGGUAGGGGGCGUGGAAGUAUAUUACUUAGGUGAGUAUCUGUGGAUGAUUAAUGGAAACCAAUUCUGUACCUUUCUGAGGGCAGCUUCUAUGCUGUAUGGAAUGUUAUGCUUGUAUUUGAAGGCUAGAAAUGAAAAGAAGGUUAAAUGUUGUUUUAAUAUGUUGAUAUAAGGUAGCUAGAGUCUGAACUCAGCUGCCAUACUUGUACAGUGAGGGGGAAGAGAGGGUUCUGCUCAUGGUCCAAAGCAUAUUCACAGGCAAACAAGCAAAUAACUGAUGGGGUUCUUGACCAUUGCUUGUGUCUGUCAUUGCAACUGCUGUCCUAAGGUUGCAUGCAACUUCUCUUCUAACCUUAAAAAAAAAACUUCAGCAAUUUCAAGCUGGACUUGUACAGUUGCUGUAAUGCUAGUUUAUGGCAGUGCUGAGGAGCCCACAAGAUUGCUGUCUUCAAAUAUUUCAGUAGAAGGCAUGUAUAACUUGCCACUUGGCUCAUAUACCAUUGUUAUUACCAAAGGGUGGGCAGCCAACCAUGCUAUUCUAAGGGUUACAGAUCCUCUGCUGUUGUAGCCUAACACUGGCAUGGUAUGGUACAGUGGUAUCUCGGGUUAAGAACUUAAUUCAUUUUGGAGGUCUGUUCUUAACCUGAGACUGUUCUUAACCUGAGGUACCACUUUAGCUAAUGGGGCCUCCUGCUGCUGGCACUGCGCAAUUUCUGUUCUCAUCCUGAAGCAAAGUUCUUAACCCAAGGUACUAUUUCUGGUUUAGCGGAGUCUGUAAACUGAAGCGUCUGUAACCUGAGGAACCACUGUACUUGAAGACUAUUGCAACAGAGCUCUGGCUGGUUUUUAUUGGAUGUAGUUUUAGGCUCUGCUUGCACAGCAGUCUUUGCAGUCCUACAGAUAUUUGGCCUACUUGGUAUUUAGUUUUGGUACUGGAAAGUUUAAAAUUGAUAGAUAUAUUCACAUUUCUAGAGUUUCUUUAAAAUGCUCUUAAAAGGAAGGAAUAAGCUUUUGAAUUUGUGGCAUUGUGUAACUUAGGGAUUAGUUACUUUUGUGGGUGGUUUAUUUUUUAAAAGUCACAUCCUCCACCCUUGGAGGGGCUUUUCUGAAUUGGAAGGGAUACUUAGUUUGUUCUGUGUAUGAGAGUUGGAUAUAUAUACAUGGGCAGAGAGAGAGGGAGAUAUUUAUGUGAGGUGGGGGAAUAGAGGGUAGGUAUGUGUUUGAGGGGACGCGGGUGGCGCUGUGGGGUAAAACUUCAGCACCUAGGACUUGCCGAUCGCAUGGUCGGCGGUUCGAAUCCCCGCGGCGGGGUGAGCUCCCGUCAUUCGGUCCCAACUCCUGCCCACCUAGCAGUUCGAAAGCACCCUUAAGUGCAAGUAGAUAGGUACCGCUUUAUAGCGGGAAGGUAAACGGCGUUUCCGUGUGCUGCUCUGGUGCCGGUUCGCCAGAGCAGCUUCGUCACGCUGGCCACGUGACCCGGAAGUGUCUGCGGACAGCGCUGGCUCCCAGCCUCUAGAGUGAGAUGAGCGCACAACCCUAGAGUCUGUCAAGACUGGCCCAUACGGGCAGGGGUACCUUUACCUUUACCUAUGUGUUUGAGAGGGAGAGAUGUACUUGCAGCAGUGUAUAUGUGAAGUACAGUAUAUGGGUGUGUGAGAGCUGCAUGUGUGUACUGAGAGGCUUUCUCUUGCAUCUCACCCAAAUACAGUCAUACCUUGGAAGUCAAACAGAAUCCAUUCUGGAAGUCCGUUUGACUUCCAAAACAUUUGGAAACCAAAGUGCGGCUUCUGAUUUCCUGCAGGAGGCUCCUGCACCAAUCAGAAACCGCACUGGAUGUUCAGGUUCCGAUAAUCAUUCGAAAACUGAAACACUCAUUUCCGGGUUUUGAUCAUUCGGGAACGUCCCCUGUAGUGAACGUCCCCUGACAAUGGAAACAGAGAAGAGCACUCUCUAGCAAUCUUGAGGCAUAAGCAAGCUGGUUUAGGGAGAUGUUCUCCUUCAAUUAUUUGGGCCCCAAACCAUUUAGCGGCUUAAUAAAGGAGUACUAGCAUUUGGAAUUGGGCCUUGCAGCAAAUAGGCUGCCAUGGUAGUUCUUUCAGAAUUGAUGUGAUAUGAUUCCAUCAGGAUAAAGCAACAGCCUUGUUAGUGGGUAGCCAGGGGGCCCGUGUGUCUGGGUCUUUGAUGCAGGAUACUGGUCAUCUUUCCUCUUUAAACUUAACUUUUUUUACAGGGCAACUGGUAACACUUCAAAGUACAGCACUGGUGAGACCCUAGACACCUCCCAUUCAAAUUUCCCAGCGUGCACUUGUCUAUUUUUAAAUACGUACAUAAUAUGUACAUAAACAGCAGCUCUAGACUGUGGGUGGGGUGGAGGGCCCAAUCCACAUAUAGUAUACUGGCCCAGGAAAUCCCUGUUGCCACCCUGUAGCUCUGAGAUCUCCCUGACAGCCAGUUUGUUUCUCCCCUUCAAAUGACAGCUGAAAUUGGCACCUAUACAUAAAAAUAAGCAUAUGCAAAUAUUUAAUGUAGGCCUCUGCUCUGAGUCUUUUCAGUACCCAACAAUGCUCCUCUGCUGAACUGUAUUCUGCACUAGUUUUCAAGGGCAGCUCCUUGUACAACACAUUACAGUGUUCCAUUUGAGAGAUAAGCAGAAUGUGCAUCAUGGUGGCAAGACUGUCUGUUCAGGAAUGUUCCUACCUGGUGAUAAGGUCAAACCUGGGAAGGGCAGUUUGUGAAACUGGGGCUACCUUGGCUUCUAGUGACAACUCUGGAUGUAAGUGUGUCCCCAAGCUGCAAACCUGCUUCUUCAUGGAAGGUGCACCCCCAUCUGAAACAAGCCAAGUACCUAAUUUAUCAACAUAAGAACCACUUUCUCACAAUUCUUUAUUGUCAGCUUUCAGUCUGUUAGCCCAUUACGGAGCCCAAGCACUGGUUCAGCACCUGAGCAGCCUCACCUAACUCAGAUUUUUAAAAAAGAAAAGAAAUAGAGCUGAUUUUAUUUGUUAGACUGAUUACAUCUUACUUUUACCCUCUGAUCUCACCUAGUGGCUUCAUAUAAAUGUUAGAGAGCAUGGUGUGACUUCUGUAAAACUUGCUGCACACAAAGCAAGACAUUGAACUUUAGUUUUAUGGGGUCUUGGCAUUAUAAACUUGCUUGGAGCAUACUGAUCUGAUACACUGAUGUGCUCUUUUGUUUCAGGCGUGGAUUCUCGGAUAGCGGAGGAGGACCCCCAGCCAAACAGAGGGAUCUAGAAGGGGCGACCAAUAGGUGAGCAGAGAAUGAAAUCGGACUGAAUUCAACAGGAUUGAAUGAAGUUAGAGACAAGAACAGCAUGCCAUCUUAGCUGACUCAGUAUAUUUCUGUAGUGCAUUUCUACAUGGUUUUUAUAUAGCACUCAAGGCUGUGUAUAAUUUAAUAUGAUUGUUUGCAAUUUCAGACAUACAAAAGGAACUGGGAGGGAAGAAAGGAAAAACCAUUCAUGUAUCAGUUCUUUAAUUAAGUUGCAUAUAAUUCCUCUUGGAAUUCUACACUAGCAAAUAAUUUAUACUGGUGUAUCUUGAUUCUGUGUGAUAUUUUAAAUAGGAUUUCAGUAGAACACCUUUUUUGUCUUGAGUACCCGUAAAUUGUGUAGGAGUUGCUACCCUACAAUAUGUUCUGUAGAAAGAAAAGUAAGCGGACUUUAAAAGUGAGGUCUCCAUCUUUAAAAAGAUGCUGUAAUAAAGCAACAGAUUUAGCAAGCAGCUAAUCUGCAUUCACCGGAGAGUUCAUUGGAUCCCAGCAACAACAUGGACAGAGAGGUUGGAUCACAGCAGUCUGAAGCACAGUAUCUUGAUUUUAGUGUAGUUAUUUUGCUUUUAUUAACAUCAUUUUCUAAGCCAAUUGAAACAUUUUCCUUGGUUCUAGUAUAAAAUGGAUGCCUUUGAUACUCUCUUAAAUUUAGGCUAGCUGGGGAACGUCGGACAAGGAGAGAAUCACGCCAUGAAAGCGACGCAGAGGAUGAUGAUGUUAAAAAAGUAAGGGAUACCUAAAAGUUGGUGGGUAGAGAGGCGAAAGAAAUGUAGAAAAGCUUCCAUUAACCUGGAUUUGACCUAUCCUUACAGCCAGCGUUGCAGUCUUCUGUUGUUGCUACCUCCAAAGAACGAACACGCCGAGAUCUUAUUCAAGAUCAAAACAUGGAUGAAAAGGGAAAACAAAGGUAUCUUACAAUGUUGUUUACUGUAACCACAAUGUUUUCAAACUCCAAGAGCAUAAUACAAAUUAUGAAAGAAAUGUUCUUUCUUGCACAGAAAACUUUGUCCAAUAUUUUAUGCUGUCCUGGUCUGUUUCUUAAGAAGUGUGUGUACAGGUACUGACUGCACCAGACAACUCAACCCAGCUUCCAUGUUUAUUUAAGUUGCCUUGCACAAUUUGCUUUGCCUGUUGAUUUGUAAGUCAAAAUAAGUUGCUUAUGUACUUAUUUCAGACUGUUGUUUUGAUUAUUCCAGGAAUGUAAAAGCUCUGGGUAGAGAUUUAUCAUGUUGUGUUUUUCAAAGAUAGGCAUCCUGCCAGAUAAUUUUUUUCUAAAAUGUUCCCUUCUUGGUUUUUUUUUAGUUUGAUAUGAACCAGUCUAAUUCAGAAGUAAGUCCCAUUGAUGUUGGUGGGAUUUCAGCCUUGGUCUUUAAAGAAUACUGCAAAUUAGCAGCUAUUGUACUUUUUUAUGCUUUUCUGUGCAAAAUCCUGGGAAAAUUUGUUAAAAUUUGUUUGUCAUUAAAAUUUGUUUAUGAGGUUUGGGUGAUGAAACUGGAUUUUACAGUCUGCUAGAGAAAUCAAAACAUAUUUAUUAAUUGUAUAGAUUUGUAUCCCACUUUUCAGGGAAGAAAUCAUAUAAAACAGCUGACAAAAUAUCUAAAAACAUGAAUAAGUUCAGAUUUGAGCUGUGGGAGCUCUGUUGCCCCUGCCCAACAACAUUCUGUGCUGGCUUCUUUUAUGAGGAAGGCUAUUUAAAGGUCUCACUUUUAGACAGUGCAUUGUGUUGAGCCGCUUGUAUAUAAACUUCAGAUAUGUAGUUUGUGGGAAAGUAUCCAAAUAAUUUUUUGGGGAAAUUAUUUCUUAAUUCAAGCACCAUCUCAUAUGUAUUAGUUGGGGUGGGGCUGGAAUGCUGGGCUGGAAUUUAUUUUCAGGCUGUGACCAUUGUGCUUGGGGUUCUGACAGUAAGAGAUGUUCUACAGUGGAGUGGACUCCCUCGAAAGGUUGUAGACUCUCCAUCCUUGGAAGUUCUUAAGCAGAGAUUGCCUGGCAAUCUGUCAGGGUUGUUUUAGUUGAAUUUCCUGCAUUGCAAGGGAAUGGACUAGAUGACCCUUGGGGGGGAUUCCCUCCCAACUUAACAGUUCUAUGAUUCUCCGUAUGGGCCAAAGUUCUUGCUCAAACAGCUAGCCCUCAACAAAAAAGUACGUCAAAAGAAGAUGACUAUAUUUUCAGUACAAUGUUGCUUACAAAAUGGCAAAUCAUUUCUUGAGGUUCCUUAUGAAAAGUCACAACAAUGUUGUUCCUUUUAUUAAAAAUCAGUCUGUUUAAUGUAUUUUAUUGUUGUCUUCAAUCUUAGAUAAAACUUUUGGAUGUCUUUGGGUCAUAUAUUAAGAACUUGAUUUAAUUUAAUACGUUUGGAAAUUAUAUGCUAUUGUUGAUAAAGCUAUCCACUGGAAUUAUCUUGUUAUCUUCUCAUGUUGGUUGUUGAAAUUUGUAAUGUCCACUAGUUAUGUUUCUUUUUAAAUAGCUUUUGCACCCUGUAUUAUUAUUGUAGCCUUUUUAUAAUUCAUGUGCCAUUAACUAACAACCUUGGAAGAUUUGGAAAACUGUUUCAAUAGGUAUGCAUAAUGGACACAUAUGAAAGUCGAUCAUAUAAUCAUAUCUUUUUACUCCUUUUCUUUUCUAGGAAUCGGCGCAUAUUUGGCCUGUUGAUGGGUACUCUUCAGAAGUUCAAACAAGAAUCAACAGUUGCUACUGAAAGGGUAUUAACUCAAUACCUUGUAAUGUUCAUUAGAGGAGAGAGAGAGUACUACUUCUUUUGAAUGAGAGAAUUGUAUACUGUCUUGUGCGAAGAAACUUACUGCUAGUAGCCCAGUAGCUCAGAUUUUUCAUUGUGGAAACAUGAAGACUUUAAAGUCAUUUUUCAAGUGUAAAGGGAAACAGUGAGCAUUCCUAAAACUUUCCUUAAGCCUAUUAAGUUCAAUAGAACAUGGCUCCUACUACAAAUACAGUUCUGUAUGGCGACCCUAAACUGGGUUCUGGCAACCAGCUGGGAAAACCCCUAGUAACUGCCAGCAGCCUAGAGAGGUCAUGCUUAGGUUUCAUAUGCCCUGCCUUUAGUUGGCUAUAUAGUUGAAUUUUUAUUAUUAUUUACUUGUCUCUGGUUCCAUAACAAUUUGAAAACAGAUUAGAAAGGGGGGGGGCACAGAGCUCCUAUUGGUUACCAGGCUUAAGGUCAUAAGUUGGAGAUAUGUAAUUGCAUUGCCUGGCACUGCUUCAUUGUAAAUGUGAAUUCCUCGAUACACAAGGCGUGCUCCAUACCUUAGGGGAGCAGAAAUGAAAAAAACAACCACUAUAAGCAGUGACUUGACUACUAAGUCCAGCCAAAAGUUGCAAUAAUUAGAUAAAGCUUUUUCUGUAUCAGACUUCUGUAUUGAUCUGAUUCCAGAACAGGGGUCGACCAGCUAUUAAGUGGUAUAUAAAUUAAUAAUAAAAUUUCUGAGUUCACCUUAAGCAAAUCUGAAACGGUUUCUCCACUUCAGCAAAAAAGACGGCAAGAAAUUGAACAGAAACUUGAAGUGCAGGCAGAGGAAGAGAGAAAGCAGGUUGAAAAUGAGAGGCGAGAGCUCUUUGAGGAAAGACGUGCUAAACAAACAGAGCUGCGGCUAUUGGAACAGAAAGUUGAACUUGCUCAGCUGGUGAGUCAAAAUUCAAGCAGCUGCUAUGUGGUGUUUGUGUUGUGGACAAUACUAAAAAAAUAAAAAUCUUUCUUUUACCAGCAAGAAGAAUGGAAUGAUCAUAAUGCCAAAAUAAUUAAAUAUAUAAGAACAAAGACAAAGCCUCAUCUGUUCUACAUACCUGGCAGAAUGUGUCCUGCUACCCAGAAGCUGUUUGAUGAUUCCCAAAAAAAAUUAAAUGGUAUGUUACUGGUGGUAGGGUAGAUACAUUUUCUUUGAUAUAAGCUCUUCUGGCAUUUCAGUAGAAAAAGUUAAACUGAUAUUGAUAAGGCAGUAAAGCGAACUUGCAUCUUAGUCAAAGGGUCCAUUCUGGGAGUCUCCACGUUUAUACAAAAACACAUAAAGCCAGAACUGGCCCACCCACAAGGUGGAGGAUUGCCUACCCAGCUUUGGGAAGUUGGUGCAAAGGCACUAGAAGGGUCCUAGAGUCCUGGUUCUGGGGUUUAGGAAAAUCCUCAGAACAGCACAUAGUUGCAAAUGGGGGUUUUCCAUCUUGCAAGAUGAUGUGCUUGCACAAACAGAACAUUUGUAAUGGUGUGACAUUGGAAUUCCAGUCCAAGUGAUUGACAGAUACAACUUGUCUCUAGGGGGUUGGGGAGAUAAGAAUCUUGCCCAUCUGUUGGAUCCAGUUAUAAAUUAUUUCUUAAUGUGAAGCUUUACUGCUCAUAACUGCCAGUAGCCUGUAAUUCAAAAAUAUGUGGCAAAUGCCCCAAUUCACAAGUGCACAUUCUGAUCUCUUAACAUGGAUGAUCGCUUGUCUGUAUGAAAUUUUCCUUGUGUGAAGUGGUUCAAGUGAUCUAUCAGUAAGAUGGAACCAUGCUAAGUACCCACAAUAAGCUUAGUGUGUCUUCUUUCGUUCUGCAGCACUGUUUGAAAAUAGGCGCAUUGAGUUUGCUGAGCAAAUUAACAAAAUGGAAGCCAGGCCCAGGCGACAAUCUCUGAAGGAAAAAGAACACCAGGAGGUGCAGAAGGAAGAAAAGAAGGAAGACCAGAACAAGGAGCAAGAAGAGGGUAAGGCGGUUCAGCAGGUGGAAGAGAUGGAGACAGGUAAUCGGAGCAAUGAUGUAGAAAUGGAAGAGGUAGGGGAAGAAAAGGAGGUAGGUGCUAGUCACAGUGAUGGAGAGAUAGAACAGGAGGAGGAGGAGCAGAAAGAGGAAAUGGAGGUUAAGGUAGAUGAGGGACCAGAGAUUAAGGAGAAUGAUAGGCAGCAGGAUAAUCAGGAGGAGGAUGUUGUGUUAGGGAAAGAGGAAGGUGAAAACACGCUGCCAGUAGAUGGCGAGCAGGAUGUCAUGGAAACCAAUGAGGCAGAUCAUGCAGAGCCACUAGAAAAUGAGAAUAGCAAAGAAGUGGAACCAGAAAUGGAGAGUAAUGCUCAACCAGAGCAGGAGGGGCCUGUUGCUCCCUUGGAGAAAGAGGAAGGCAACAAGCCAGAAGUGGAAGCUGAACCAGAGGAGGCAGAAGAGAAGGAGCCAGAAUCCAUUGCAGUGUCCGAGGCUGAGGUCCAGCCUCGACUAGAGGCUGUGCUUCAGCCACAGCCUUCACCACAGUUGGAAUCCACUCAAGAUCAAGAGCCUCAGGUAGACAAAGAAGAAACGGUAGUGCCUGAGAAUCUGCCUGAAACUCAGGCAGACCAAAUCCAGGCAGUAACCGUAGAAGUCAAGAACAAGGUUAGGAGCAGGAGCAGAGGUAGAGCAAGGAACAAAGGCAGCAAGAGUCGAAGUCGCAGUACUAGCAGCAGCACGAGUAGUACUAGUUCUACAAGCAGUAGUAGCGGCAGCAGUUCUAGCAGCGGCACCAGCAGUAGUCGGAGUAGUUCCUCCAGCAGCAGCAGCACUAGCGGAAGUAGCAGUCGAGAGAGUAGCAGUAGUUCCUCCAGCAGCGAGAGCAGAAGUCGAAGCAGAGGGCGUGGGCACAAUAGGGAUAGGAAGCGUAGGAGGAGCCUGGAUCGAAAGCGAAGGGAUAAUGCAGGAGUAGACAGGAGUCACAAGUCUUCAAAAGGUAGCAGCAGAGAUGCGAAAGGAUCAAAGGAUAAAAGUUCAAGGUCGGACAGAAAGAGGUCUAUAUCAGAAAGUAGUCGGUCAGGCAAAAGAACUUCGCGGAGUGAAAGAGACCGUAAAUCAGACAGGAAAGACAAAAGGCGUUGACAGAAGAGACCAGGCUCCCUAGCCUAAUCUUUGCAGCAGAAGAUUACUUGAUGAGUGAAAGGAUUCCAUGUGGGGAAGAAAAGGCUGCCUUAAUUGCAUGCUGUAUAAAAUCUUUUGGAGAAAUGCAGACUCUUUACCAGGCAAUUCUUGUGCUUUUUACAUGAUUUUGUAAAAGGUUACUUAUCAAAUUAUGUGACGAUGCAAAAGUGUACAAAUAAAAGGAUUGACAACCCCUUCAUCUUUUUAAAUCUCCUCUACUUAAGAGUUUCUGUAUAUUUUAAUAGGUACAUAGUUACAUUUGUGUGAAUCAUUUCUGUAUCAGAUCUUUUUUUUUUUGUAGAAAUAAAUGUGUAUUUUACAGAGGUGUGAGAGCCUGUUGCCGCUUCAUCUCGCAUAGAUAUCUUUCUCCCUUUGCCAUACUUCAUACAGAGUGUUUAAAUAUUCUGCCUAUUAACACUUCCCCUCUUAAUUGCUAAAAGUGAAUUCUCAAGUUCUGUGAAGGAGCACACACCUGUGCAUAAUCCAGGUUUUCUUUUCUGUGCUUUCGUUAUACAAAUUGAUGCCAGCUUUUACUAACGUUCCUUGGUGAACUAACUGCCCAUAUACAGAAGCCAAGUGAGUGUAUCAAGCCAAUUCUAAUUACUUGGCCACCUAAAAUCUGUUUAGAAACUUCAUGUAGUUAUUUCAACAAGCCUUGCCUCUCCCCUAGUUUUAGAGUAAUGCUUAGAUUUUUUAAAAAAAAAAAAAACUUGCAUCUCAUUUAUUUCUGUGCUUUGCAGUAUGUUGCAGGAGGCCUAUGGGUAACUUCAAAACUAGAUUAUUGUUGGCCACAGGCUAAACUUUCAAAUGCCAAUAAAAAUGCAGUAUACCAUUAAAUUAAUCGGGGGUUAAGAUGUUGUAUUUAUGAAUACCUGUUGAUGGAGGAAAGUGGAUUCAAAACUUGGAAUUUCUGUAACAUCUAAAGCAAGUCGAUGGCAAUAUAGUUGGUGUAAAAAGGUGACAUACUGUUUUUAAACUUCCUACAAGUGUAUUCAUUGGCUUGUUCUGUAAAAGUCUAAAUAAAGGUAGCUUUAUAUACUA